UUUGAGCUGUCGGCGUUCCCCCCGAACGCGCCGGCCGCCAUGCGGGCGCCGCCGCCGCGCUCCAAGGCCGCGCUGUCGGAGCAGGAUUUCCUGGACGCUCUGCCGGCCAUGAACACCACGGCCACGGUGCUGGCCGUGCUCUGGGUGCUGAGGAACGAGCCCAUGGACCUGCGGCCCCUGGGUCACUAUCCCGACCGUCACUUCACCGAGGCCGCCCCCCGGCGCCUGAUCCGGCGCUUCCGGCGCCGCCUGCGCCGAAUCUCCCGCCAGAUCCGGGCCCGGAACGCGGCGCUGGAGAGACCCUACCCCUACCUGGACCCCGAGAACAUCGAGAACAGCGUGGCCAUCUAAAACACCCCAAAAACACCCAAAAAUACCCCAAAUACCCCUACCUGGACCCCGAGAACAUCGAGAACAGCGUGGCCAUCUAAAAAACACCCCAAAAACACCCAAAACCACCCCAAAAAUAC